UCUCCGAGUUCCGCACCGCUUAAAGCAGCCGAACCAAAAGACAGUCGGUGAGUCGGUCGCCGAGAAUCUCGAGAUUCCUUGGCGAGUUAGCAUCCACCGAUUCCAUCAGAAACCCUAAACGCCUUCGCCUUUUGCGUUCGAUUGAUCAGUUCUCUCUGUCUCUCGCUCUCUCUCUCUCUCUCUCUCUCUUUCUAUCUCUCAGUGAGUUUUGAUUUUUGUUUUUGCUUUUCACUCUUUCGGGCCUACGGCUGUGAUUGAAUUUAGAACCGGUGAUUUUUUGUCACUGAAGUUAGGGUUUAGUGGCUGAGAGUGUAUGGUUUUGAUGCUUGAUCAUGUCUAUGAUUGCCUGCUCUGUUUGGUUCUUAGGAAUAUUUGUCUUAUUUAUACACACACAUAAAAAAGAAAUUGAAGAAAUUAUCUCGGCCAAGAAAGAAAGAUUAACAUAGUUAAAUCUUUUUUGGCCCAAAGAAAUUAAUGGGAGUUUCCCGAUCAUCUUUUUUUGAUCGUUUGGGUUUGGAAUUUUUUUUCCUUUGUAAUUAUGGAUUAGAAAAUUGUUAUCAUGAGUUUUCAUGGCAGAAUUUCCCUUCACAGGCAAUUGGGUUGCCAUUUUAGGCAGUUGGCCAUACAUAUAUAAGAUACGAAAAAGAUGCACUAUACUUAAUCUUAUUGUGUGCGGAAUCUUUGGUUAAUUGCUUUGAUCCUAUUUCAUCAAUCAUAGGGAGGUCAACAAAACUACCUCAGCAAAAAGGAAAAAGAGAGAGAUCAAAAUUAAAGAAUCACUAAACUGCAAACCAUAAGGAGACAGUGAGAAAGUAGUAUAAGCUAGCAUAUGCUGCUGGCAGCAAGUAUGCUUUAAAAUGAAGCAUUGGAAUGCUUCUCCUUUCAAAACUUUGACUUUCUGCUUUGUCUAGAAGCACCCUGCAAAGGAAUAGGUCCUGAACCUCUCAAAUAUGGUUUCUGCCCAAUCUGCUAUGCCAACUUGAGAGUUUCCUAAAAACCUGACCAAGGAAAAACCAGAGGUACCACAAAUAAAGAAAUCGUCAAUGUGUAAUCCUAUCCUCUUCAUUAGUUGCACAAAUUUAUUUCUGCACUUUGAAUUGCACUGUUGCACAAUGUCCAACUUUAUGAUGUCCCUCUCGGAAAGUUUUGAUGAUGCAUUUUUUAGUCAGAAUUUUGAGGAUAUCAACAAUUGGAGCUCUUUUCAAGCUUUACGAAACAUGGAAGCCAGUGAUUGGAGAGCUAAAGUAUUACCAGAGUCUCGGAAAAAGAUUGUGGUCAAGAUCAUUGAAACAUUAAAGGAGUGUGUUCCAUCUUCUAAGAGAAAUGAUUUACCUGAUAUUAAGAAACUUGCUGAGAGUUUUGAGGAGAAGACUUAUGCAGCUGCCAAAGAUGAGAAUGAAUAUAUUAUGAGGAUAUCAUUGAAGUUGAUGAAUGUAAGAGAGAUAUCAUCCCGGACUGUUUUGUUUAAUUCUUCACAAUCGAGGCCCUCCUGUUCUGGUGAAACUCCAGAACCUCAUGGUAUCCAGUCCCAAGUGGACAAGCAUGGGCAAUCACUUAAUCCUCAUUCCACCAAUCACUCUCAACAUCAGUUAUCACGGAAUGCUGAGAAUAAUAUUGUAUCUUCUGGAAUUUAUGCCAGCUUACCAUCUGCACAGCCUCCUCUCAGUGAUUUAACUGUGACUGCUAUGCCAAAUGCUGUUACUGAAGUUUCCAACCUGCAGACUACCUCUGGCAUUUCACGGAAUUCAGUUGGAAAUUCAGUGGGACAAGGGAUGUAUUCUGAUUUUUCUCCCAAUAACCUGAUACAGGUUCAAGGAAGACAACACUCACUGCAGGUGGUUACCCAACAGAACCACCAGCGGCCUCAGAAGUUACUGCAGGAUUCUUAUCAGCUGCAACGACAACCACAGCGUCUAAAUCAGUUCAAACAGGAUUAUAUUGCACCCUCACAAUCAUCUGUAGUUUCUGACCAUCUGCAGAGUCGGCAGUCUUCCUGUCAACAGUUAUUACAGCCUCUGCUCAUGAAACAUCCACAAACUGUUCUAAUACAACCGCAACCAACACAACAGGUUUCUGUUACUCAUCAAAGUGAGUCACCAAUGCAGGGCAAGCCACUAUUGCCUUCACAUCAGCAACCACAACUAAUGAAGAAAAAUAUGGCUGCUACCAUUAUGACACAGAAUCGGUUAAUGGGGCAACAAAGUAGUGCCCCUUACUCGCUGCAGCAGCGGCAAGGGUUACCAUGCCUGCAGAAUAACUCUCAAAACCUGCAGCAGGAGCAUUUGCAAGGCCAGAAAAGCAACACACAUCAGCAGCAGUUGGCUGGACAAAGUAAUUUUUCUGUACUACAGCAGCAACAGCAGCUGCUUGGGAAACAAUGUGAUAAUUUGAGUAUGUGUCAAACUCAUGUUGCAAUGAAGGGGCAAACCCAGCAAACAGCUUCAGCUUUGUUGCCAACUCAAGGGCAACAAUUACAACCACCGCUUCCAGAGAGGCAAUUGGUAUCUCAAUCACAGACGGAAAAGGUACAACAGCUGCCAAAUCCAUCACAACAAGAUAGAAUGGAAAAUUUUCAAAGAUCAGGAGCACUGAAUCCCAAAUUUGAAAAAAGGUUUGCAAAUAUUGGUGAUUGGCAAGAGGAGGUUUAUCAGAAGGUUGAAGGUUUGAAAAUCAGGUAUUUAAAACAGCUUAAUGGGCUGUGGCAGACAUUAACUAAUAUACUCCUGCAGCACGGUUCUGUUCCUCAACAACCAAGGACAGGCAAAAUAGAAAAACUUAUGCUUCUGUUGAAGCAAAUUAUAGUGUUCCUAAAUUUGCCCAAAAACAAGAUUACACCUGCUCAUAGUGAGCAGUUGGAUACACUUGAAAAGAAGAUAAGUUUUGUUCUUCACUCGACUGGAAAGAAGUCUGUUUCUUCAACACAGCAAGGAAAACUUUAUCCUGACGUGCAGUCUGUGCAACAGUUGCCACAGCCACAAACUCAGACAUCUCAAGUGCAACGACUUGAAGAUCAAAAGAUACCACAGCUGCAAUCUACUGUAUCAGAGAGUACUGUAACAGCAAUACAGCAGAAUAACUUAACAAGCUUGCAGCAUGAUUCUAAGUCUCAUUUAUCUGAGCCUGCGACUUUGCAGCAAAACAUGAUGCAUUCAAUAGAUCAUUUGACAAUUUCAGAAAAAGAAAAUUCAGUGGAAGUAAUGCAACAGGUUGCCAAGGGAUCCCUACGAAGUCCUGCAAGCAUUCCCCAACAAGCAAAUUUUAACACCUUAUUGUCAAGAAGCCACAUGAAUGUGUCACAGUCAAGUGUGACUCCUCUUGAGUUGAGCUCUGAUACACUUCAAAACAUGCAUCUUAAACAAACAAGAGAUCAUCUGGAUGUACUGACUCAAAAGCCUAAGCAGGAAUUUCAAAAGCACAAAAUGCAGCACCAAUUGGUACAUCAGAAUUACCAAAUAUUGCAGCGGCAGCAGGCUGAGGAAAAACAACAGAAUCAGUUGAAUGACGUAAAUGAUUUGAAAGUGGGAUUAGGGAUGACUGUUAAGGAGCCACAUCAUCAGAAAAAUGCAGUAAAUGACUCAAGAGUAAAACGAGGGAUGGGUAUUAAAUCAGGACUUAUUUUGCAACAUCAGUCAGGUGGCCUGCCCUCAGUGUAUAAUUCUCAGCAUUCUGACUCAGGAGCUUCAUUUCCAAUUUCUUCACCCAAAGUCUCCUGUUCUCCACUAGCUCAGCAUUCUACUUGGAUUGAUUUGCAGAAUCUGCCAGCACCUCUUACAGAAACUAGAAGCCAUUUCCAUACUGCAAACUCUACCUCUGCCAUACCUUCAUCUUCCUUGAUUCAAUCCUCUAUGUCGGGGAGUUGUGAGAAGCUUACUUCUGAUACUUCAUCAUUCGCAGAUGCUGAAAAUGCUGGACAUCAUGGGCCCAGUUCACAAGGACCAGGCACAUCACUUGUCAUCUGCACUUCUGGGAUGUCAGCCUCACCAUUUCUUGAGGAGUCCAGUGCUCUGGAUGGCAUUGAUUCUAAAAUGUCUACAAUCAUUUCUGAUAAGCUGAGUGUAGCUGAGCAGCCUCUUCAGCGCUUAAUUAAUGUGGUGAGCUCCAUCUCAUCCCAAGCAUUUAGUGCUUCUAUUACUGACAUUGGAUCAGUAAUGUGUCUGACUGAUUGGAUAUCAAGUUCACCGCCAGUUAAUGGAUCUAGAGCUUCAAUUGGUGAGGAUUUGGUGGCCAUGACUAAGUCUUGUUUGCAAGCAAGAUAUUUACCCAGGCACAGUGAUUCUUCUGGAACAAGAAAAAUGAAGCGGUUAUUAAGUGCAAUGCCCACGAAUAUUUAUCCAAUAAAUGGCAGCAUACAUGAUGGCUGCAGACAGUGGAUUGACAUGGAGAAACCAGAGUUGGAGUCAUCUACAACAUCUAGUACCAAAAGGCCUAGGAUUGAGGCCAAGCAUGUUUUGUUAGAAGAAAUUAGGGAAAUAAACCAGCAACUGAUAGACACUGUGGUAGUUAUUAGUGAUGAAGAUACCAUUCCAACUGCAGCUGCAACUGAAGGUGGUCAAGGUACCAUUGUCAAGUGUUCCUUUAGUGCUGUGGCCAUCAGUCCAAACUUUAAGUCACAGCAGGUUUCAGCUCAGAUGUUGCCAAUUCAGCCAUUAAGAUUGCUUGUUCCCUCAAAUUAUCCAAAUACUUCUCCCAUACUCCUAGAUGAAAAGCUAUUGGAUGCCAGUUUGGUGAUCCCCCCUCUUCUUGGUUGCUUUGAUAGAUCGGACCACCAGGAUCUUUCAGUAAAGGUAAAAUCAAAGCUCAACUUGUCGCUCCUAAGCCUGCAAAAGCCCUUGUCUCUUGGGAAGAUUGCAAGGAUGUGGGAUUUCUGUGCCCGUGCAAUUCUCUGUGAGUAUGCACAGCAGAAUGGUGGAGGGAACUUCAGCUCAAGAUAUGGUACUUGGGAGAACUGUCUCAGUGCUGCUUGAGUCAUUUUGCAAGAUUCCUGUUUAUAUCCAUUGAGGCAGAGAUGAUGGAUUGAGAGUAUUAUUUACUAUUUGUAUGGCCUGUGAUGCUUGUGAAUGCUUUUUAUUUAGAGUAAUGCUACUCUUCACACCCAUUUUACACCGGUUGACGUGGCUUGUUUUAAGUAACUUCUCGUGUCAGUCAGUUUAAAAAAUAAAAAAGAAAAUUACUUAAAACACGACACAUCAGUCGGGUGAAUAGCAGCAUUACUCUUUUAUUUAUGUAAUUAAUUAUUGACUUGAUUAGUAUCGUGGAAAUUUACUUUGGUUUGAAGGCAUAAUCUGCUGGCUUAUAAAGAGCUGACUGAAGUCAAGCUUAGUCCUUUUGUGUUCAGCUUAACUAAAUCUUUUCAGAA